AUGUACGAGGAAGCUCUAGAGUGGGACCCUCGCGAUCCGGAAAAGCAAGUGCUCGACGAGCAAGCACCUGACGGGUAUAUCCGAGUGGACUUCUACCCCAACCUGGAUGCUGUCGAUGACCUACACGACAUGCUCAACUUCGUCACUUGGGAUUUUCCGCUUGACUCGGACACAGGUGACCUGGACCUCCAGAUGGUCAGAGAGUAUUUCGGCACCGACCAAAUUAUCCCCAUCUGUUCGACGCGCUUCAAGCCAUUCUACCCCGCUAAUCCAGACAAGCUCUCGGCCCUCGCGGUCCACACCCUCACCGAGCACGGCGGGCGUCUCAAAGUAGUCGACUGUCCGUCUCCCGAGAGAGUCAAAUGGCGGGAACGUCGCCUUCGCCUCAUCAUCGCGUCCCGCAUAUUCUGGACGAUCAUGGACAACCGCAUUUCCAUGUUCCUCUUCAUCUGUGGAGUGCUGAUGUUCCUCCUCGGCUUAUGGGGGAAGCUGCACUCCUAUGCGGCGGUGCGUAUCGGUAUACCGGACGAUCGCCCACGGUUCUGGGAGGUUUUGAACGGAGGCAUCUUUUACAGGCCUGGGAGGGUCCUGGGAAAUGGAGCUUGA